UUAUGCUUUGGGUGGAAAUGUUGAGAGGAUAUUUAUGCAACUGGAAAGUGGCAUCCAGCUGGGAGGGGCUGCAAGCCCCAGGGAAAACAGGGUUCAGUCAGGGCUUGAUGUUUUAGAAAAACAAAUAGCCUGAAAACUGUUUUCAUGGAGUGAAGUACAAGGUUUUGUAAGCCUCAGACCUGGCUGGGAGAGGUUCCAUAGAAAACACAUGGAUUGCAUUUGGCCACAGGCUGAAUCCCAGUGCUGUGUCCUUGCAAAGCAGGGAAAUGUCCUGUGGGAAUGCAUGAACUGUGACAGCUUUUCAGUUUUGGGGGUAAAUCCAGCUUUGCUUCAUUCUUCUGAGGGCUCAGCAGGAGAACUUGGGCUGCUUUGACACCAGUUCCAUGAGAAUGGGCUGAUUAGACAGAGUCCAGUCAGAGCUGACAGAAACAAUCCCAGAUCUUAGAGUUAGAAAAUUACAAAGGAAGAUUGAAGGACGUCACAGAAGAGAAGAGGAAAGGAAACAUCAGAGCCUUCAGGUAUGGAAAGGGAGACUGCCCAGACCUGAACUACAGCAAGUGAGAUCCUGGUUGGAAAUUUGGAAGCCUUGCUGAUGAGAAGGGCUUUCCUACUGCAGCCAUCUCUCCCAGAAUGGCUGAAAAACAACUGUUUGAGCCCUCCUCUGCUCAUUUGUCUGCUUUGCAUGUGCUGGAAGCAUCAAGCACAAGGGACCAAAGUUCACACUGUGGGCACUUUUGCUUCCCUGUGAGCACCUGUCCUGAUUUAGGGCAGGUUCCCUGUGAACAGAAGAAGGGAUUGGUCUGAGCAUUCAAGAGUGAAACCGCUGGAAUUCAGAAGUCACUCUUCCUUCUCCUCUAGAAGAUAUGAUUUCCAGGAAGGUGCUGGUGGGAUCUCUUGUCUGCCUGGGUGCUGUUGCUGCAGUUAUCUGGGCUCUAGCUGGGACUAGAAAAGUGCACUACCUGCCCUACUACCUUCCUUGCCCUGAAAUCUUCUCCAUGAAACUCCAGUAUACAGAAGAGAAGUUAAUCCAGCUUUUCCCCCAAUUAUUUUAUCAGCAGCCAAGAGUGCUGGCGCCAAAGCGCCAGGAUGUGCUGACAGUCACACCAUGGCUGGCCCCCAUCGUCUGGGAAGGGACCUUCAAUCCUGAGAUCCUGGACAGUGCCUACAGACCCCUGAACCUCACCAUAGGGGUGACAGCCUUUGCUGUUGGAAAGUACACGAGGUUCGUGCGGCGCUUCCUGGAGUCAGCAGAGCAGCACUUCAUGCGGGGCUACCGGGUCAACUAUUACAUCUUCACAGACAGCCCUGAGAGCAUCCCCCGAGCGCAGCUGCGGCCAGGGCGCAGGCUGCUCACCGUCCCUGUCCCGAAAUACUCCAGCUGGCAGGAGAUCUCCAUGCGCAGGAUGGAGACCAUCAACCGGCACGUGGCGGCGGUGAGCCAUCGCGAGGUGCACUACCUCUUCUGCCUGGACGUGGACAUGGUGUUCCACAACCCCUGGGGCCCUGAGACCCUGGGGGACAUGGUGGCCGCCAUCCACCCUGGCUACUUCCAAGUCCCACGAGAGCAGUUCCCUUAUGAGAGGAGGAGCUCCUCAGCAGCCUCCAUCCCCAAGGGAGAAGGGGAUUUCUACUAUGGAGGAGCCGUGUUUGGAGGCUUGGUCAAGAACGUCUACGAGUUCACCAAGACCUGCCACAUGACCAUCCUGGCAGACAAAGCCAACGGGGUCAUGGCAGCCUGGCAGGAGGAGAGUCACCUCAACAGGCACUUCCUGACCCACAAACCCUCCAAGCUGCUUUCUCCAGAGUAUAUAUGGGAUGACAGGAAGCCAAAGCCCCCUGAAAUCCGCCUCAUACGUUUUUCCACAGUGGAUAAGAACUACAAAGAGGUCCGAAAUUGACCAUCUGAUCCCUGCAACAAACCAAAACCCAUCAAAAUCAGUUCCUGCAGAACUGUGAAUUUUUAUUCCUGGUAGGAACAAACUGGGAAGGGAAGGUGUGGAUAGUUCCUCUGGAGACCAGAGUCUAAAUGCAUUUCAGAAGCAGCAAUCAAAAUGCAGGUGAGACUGAAAAGGUUUCUGGAUUCCCACUCUUUGUAAAUACAUCCUGCCUGAGGCUGUGGCACACAGAAAAGCAUCCAAAAGGCCAGUGAUCCAAUGCAUGGAUGUAGUUGCCUUCCCAUGGCUGUUUUCCAGAGGCCUGGCAGAAACUUAACAAGAUCAAAAUGGCAUUUGACGUUCUUGUGGAGAAGACCUUGAGUUUUGGUAAAUACCUUUUCACUUAAAAAAAAUUUAAAAAAAGAA